AAAGGAGUCAUGGCGGGACCUCAGUGCUGCAGCGUCCUGUUGACAGGGGCCAACCGUGGCAUUGGCCUGGAGAUUGUGAAACGACUCCUUGAGAAAGCAAAUCCCCCCAAGAUGGUGUUCGCAACCUGCCGUGACCCAGAAGGGGCAAGAGGACAGGAAUUGAAAUCUCUGGCUUCCAAACACCCCAACCUGAAAAUUCUGCAACUUGAAACCACGGACCCAGCGAGUGUUGAGGCAGCUGCCAAGAAGGUCAAGGCCCACCUGGGAGACUGUGGCCUGAACCUGCUCAUCAACAAUGCCGGCGUCAUGCCACCUUGUACCCUGGAGUCGGCCACCGCUAAAGACAUGCUGGACGUCUACAACACCAACACUGUUGGGCCGAUGUUAGUCACCAAGGCCUUCUUGCCUUUACUGAAGAAGGCUGCACAUGCAUCCAAACAGAAAGGCAUGAGCUGUGGGAAAGCUGCCAUCGUCAAUAUGUCCACCAUCCUGGCAUCUAUUGAGAAGACCCCUGAAACCUAUUUCUUCAUCCCUGUGGUCUCCUAUCGCUGCAGCAAGACUGCUCUGAAUAUGCUCACCAAGUGCCAGUCAAUGGGUUACAAAGAUGAAGGGAUCCUCUGCACUGCACUGCAUCCCGGCUGGGUGAAAACUGAGCUGGGAAGUGAUCAGGCUGACCUUACUGUGGAGGAGAGUGUGGACGGCAUCAUGAAAGUACUUUGCAACCUCUCCGAAAAAGAACACGGAGUCCUGGUGUCUUGGGAAGGGAAGGUUCUGCCAUGGUGAGAGCCCAGAGUGAAGCAGGAAGGACCAAACA